AUGUACAUAUACACACAGAAACGUACACACACGCACAGAGACACAUGUACACACGUACCCAUACAGACACAUGUAUACACACACAGGCAUGUACAGACACGCAUACACACACACAGACACAUGUACAUACAAACAGACACAUGUACACACAGACAUACAUGUACAUACACACAGACACAUGUACAGAUACACACAUGUACAUACACACAAAGACACAAACAAACAGACACACCCCUAUAAAAAGUUGCAGUACUUCGUUGUUCACUCACAGAGCCAGGUACUGCACUCUAGGGGGGCAGGCAGAGAGCACAGCACACACUCCUUCCUUUGCUUUCACUGCGCUCAGCUAUUGAGCAGUCUGACGGCUCCCAGUGCUAAUGACAGAUCCGGCCUGAGCUCCGAACGUGCUCAGCAAGACGGCCCUGGGGGACACACUCGUCCCCACCAUAAUUUCCACUCGUCAUUGGCGAGCAGGCGAGUGGAAAUUACAUGGCCUGGUCUGGAGGCACCCUAUAUU